CACUUCGGGAGCAAUGACUUUGAUCUUCUCAGCGCGUGCGCGCAUGCUCUGGGGUCAUGCGCCGCGCGUGCGGUCGGCGGCAGCGUUCAGGCGCACUCUCGCCACUGUCGCCGACGUCCCAGCACAACAACCUGUGGACGUCGUGGUCAUUGGUGGCGGUCAUGCAGGAUGUGAGGCCUCUGCAGCAGCAGCACGAACUGGAGCACGAACGACGCUCGUCACACCCUCAUACGACAACUUGGGAGUAUGCAGCUGCAAUCCAUCCUUCGGCGGUAUCGGAAAAGGGACGAUGCUGCGUGAGAUCGAUGCGCUGGAUGGUCUAGUGGGCCGAAUAACAGACAAGGCUGGGGUGCAGUUCAGAGUGCUGAAUAGGAAGAAAGGCCCAGCAGUGUGGGGUCCGCGCGCGCAGAUCGAUCGAGCGCUAUACAAGAAGCACAUGCGCGAAGAGAUGACGAACUACCCAGGAUUGCAGGUCAAAGAAGGGAAAGUGGCAGACAUCAUCGUGGACCGAUCGCCGACGGCAGCGGCAGAGGGCAGACAUGGCAGAAUCACGGGCGUUCGAUUGGAAUCUGGCGAGAUCAUCAACACAAACAAUGUCGUGAUCACAACGGGCACAUUUCUGGGCGGCGAGAUACACAUCGGACUGGAGGUAUUCCCAUCCGGGCGGAUGGGAGAAGCGGCGACCUUUGGAUUGUCCAAAUCCUUGAAGGAAGCAGGAUUCCAGCUGGGCAGAUUGAAGACUGGAACACCACCUCGAUUGGACAAGAAGUCCAUCGAUUUUGCAAAGCUCGAGGUCCAGCCCGGUGACGAGCCUCCAAUGCCGUUUUCGUACCUCAACGAACGUGUCGCGGUCGAAGAGCAACUCAAUUGCUGGAGCACUCACACAAACCCAGAAGCUCACGAGAUCAUUCGACAAAAUCUGGACAAAAGCAUUCAUAUCCGCGAGAGUGUCAAAGGUCCACGCUAUUGCCCCUCGUUGGAGAGUAAAGUCAUUCGCUUUACGUCGAAGAACCAUCAUCUGAUUUGGCUAGAACCGGAAGGAUUUGACAACGAUGUCAUCUAUCCAAAUGGCGUGAGUAUGACCGUUCCAGCCGAAACCCAAGAGGCCAUGCUCAAGAAAGUGGUCGGGUUGCAGAACGUGAAGAUGCUUCAGCCAGGUUAUGGGGUCGAGUACGAUUACGUCGAUCCUCGUAGUUUACGGAGCACGCUCGAGACCAAGGCCAUCUCAGGACUCUUCCUCGCAGGGCAGAUCAACGGAACGACAGGAUACGAAGAAGCCGCCGCGCAGGGCAUAUUGGCGGGCAUCAAUGCUGGUAAUGCCGCAGUCGGCCGUGAUCCUUUCACAAUGUCUCGUGCCGAUGGGUAUAUUGGCAUUAUGGUCGACGAUCUCAUCACCAAGGGUGUUAGUGAGCCAUAUAGGAUGUUCACCAGCCGAAGCGAGUAUCGAAUGUCAGCACGUGCCGACAACGCAGAUUUACGCCUCACAGCGAAAGGUCGCGAAGCUGGUGCCGUGGGUGAUAAGCGCUGGUCGGCGUUCAGUGAUGAGAGAACACAGAUGAAAGAGUUGCGAAGUCUACUAGAGGGCAGGAAGUUCAGCGCGCAAAGUUGGCUCCAAAACGGGUUUCCAGUCCGAAGUGAUACAACAAAACGAUCUGCGUUCGAUCUUCUUCGGCAUGCGAAUAUCACGACCGACUCCCUGAUCUCUAUGAUACCAGAGAUUUCCCAAUUCCCAACACGCAUACGAGACCGAAUUACUAUUGAAGGUGUGUACGCACCGUAUAUUCACCAGCAGGAGAAUCAAGCGGCUUCCUUUGCCCGCGACGAAAGCCUGCUUCUACCACCGGAUCUCGAUUACCACGCCAUUCAUGGGCUGAGCUGGGAGGAAAAGAAGAUUCUCAGUGAGACGAGACCAGAAAGUGUCGGCCAAGCGAGAAGAGUCGAAAACGUCACUCCCAAUGGCGCGCUUACGUUACUGGCAUACGUUCGCGGGACUUGGAGGCGGGAUCAGAAAGCAAAAGCAUUCAAGGAGGCCAUCGAGAGCCAGCCACCAGGGCAAGAGGUGGAGACCGUGGCAUGAACAGUGUACAGAUAUGGAAUCCUAUCGCAUAGCGCAGGCGCCAACGUGUACAGUACGUGGGGAGUUUUCGGGCAGAGAGCCAAUACCCUCCUGAAAUGAGGGCGGAUUGUAUGUAUAGCCACGACGGAAUUAACGAAGAGCAACACCUCUCUUUCACAUCCGA